AUGGAGAACCGCCCACGAGGUCGGCCUCGCCAACGCUCACCUCCAGGUUCAACGCCAUCCGCGAAGAUACAGAAGUCAGGACCUAGCAAUUCGACCAAUGUAGCAUCGACCAAGCGAGAUGACUCGGCUGCGGAACGUCGACGUGCGCAGGUUCGGGUCGCUCAAAGAGCCUAUCGCCAGAAGCAAGAAUCCACUCUUCAAAACCUACGCCGGCGGGAAGCAGAGCUGACUGAAACGAUGAAGCUCAUGAAGAAAUCUUUCACAGACCACCGUGAUCGACUAAUCAGAAGCAACCUUCCCGACGACCAGCUGCAAGACGUACAAGAAACGGCUCUGAAGAUAGAAUCCUUCAUGGAUCUGAUCCGCGAUCCUGGCCAGAGUAGUUCACAAAAGGCGGUCGGGCGCAAAGGCCAGCGUAAAACCGCAAAGCCUGCUGCGGACGAGUCAACUCUGGAGCCAAAGCAUUGGGAUGCUCACCCCUCAAGUUGGGGAGGUCCACUCUCCAUACAUGGCCACAGCCCAACUCGUGAUCACGUGCCUGGUCUGGAAUCCGCGUCCACUUCCACACCAGCAGCAAGUAAGGACCCGGUCCAAAGCGAUCAGCACGAAUCCAAUGUGCACCGGAAGACACUUAUCCAGCAACCACGCCCACCAAGGACAUACUCAUUCGCAGAAACGACCUUCGCCAGACGUCUACAUCGAGCAACAGCGGAACAGGCUUAUAAACUCCUGCACGAGUUCGACAAGCGGCCUACGACCUACAAGAGGUCUUUCCGACUUUCACUUAUGAGCAGAGAUAGGGAAACGCUGAUCAAAAUGACAAGGGAAAUGCUCGCCCGGGGUCCGCGUGAGCCUCUCGACCAGGAAACUGCUUUGAUUCACGUCGGAGGCGCAGGAACACAUUAUCCAAAACGAGACGCCUCAGGCAGGCUUCUGCCAAAACCUCAGACGUGGCACGUAGGUAUUGUGGGCCCACAUAGAUUGGCUUUGCUUGAAGAUGCGGUGAAGGGCAAAAUUACUGUGAACAUGACCGUCGAUAUUGCAGGAUUGGAAGGAGAGUGGUUCGACCCCUACGACGUUGAAGGCUACCUCGCGGAGAAGGGCAUCUACAUUGAUCCAUUGGCCUCUUUUGCCGUCGCAGAGAUCGCAGUGCCAUCUGUGGUUCCAAGAGAUAUGAGUGGUCCAGGCUUUUCAUCUUCCGGAGCUGGACAAUCUUCAGCCAAUGUUGCGACUCUGCCAUUCCUGCAUCAACUAAGUCUUCCAAGGUUGUUCGGCGAAGAAGAGCAGCGACAAGACUCGACUGGAGCGAGCAUCGACGCCACAAGUGGCCAGGCAUCGACUCUUCCCACUGUUGGCUUUUCAGAUGCUGCUUCUGGAAGUUGGAUGAAUCUCAUACCAUCAUCGCAAGCAAACACUACGCAGACAGCAGCGGAAUCCCAAACGCGAGCUCCUGAGAAGGCUACCACAGGUGGCAAGACGACGGAUUUUCCCACAGUGGGCUUUUCUGAUGCUGCUUCGGGGAGCUGGGUGAAUUUCAUGCCAUCGACGCGGACGACCACUGAGCAGACACCGAUUACCUCUCGCCCACGAGCUUCGCACGAGACAUCAACCCCUGGAAGAUUGCCCUCGUUGCAGGACUACUUGCAGGCGACCACAGAUGCGAGCGCAUGGGACAACAACGAGACGAUGCACGAACACUCCAGGCAGACGAAGAGAAUUAUGAUUGACGUGUCGAAAUUUAUUCACUUCUUGAUGGUGUUCUCCGUAUGCCUGUGUCGCACGCCAGGCUUCAACCGAUUCGAUGUAGAUCGCGCGCUGGAAUUGUCCUCAGUCGAUGCGUAUUGA